AUGCAGAACGACGCCUUCAAGCGAUUCAGCAAGGACCUACAGGAAGUAUUGGUCAUCCCGGUCAACUACAUCAAUAAAAAGACCAAAAAGUCCUCCAUGGCCGGCGGCAACGGCGACUUGUUCACCCUCAGCAACAACAACUUUUCCAGCCACCCUCAACAGCCCCACCACCACCAUCCUCCUCAUCACCACAGCAGCAAAAAGCCCAUAGGACUCUCUGGCUUGACCACGUCGGACUUGAGAAAGGACUUGAGCGGAGGGCAAGUCUCACCUUAUUCUUCGUUGACGUCGGAUUCGGUCUCGCUUCACAACUUUUCGCUUUCGACGCUUAGUAAGGGCUCGCUGGACGAGAACCCUUCCUUCACGUCGUCCAACGGGAGUGCUGCCGGGUAUUUUGGGCUGAGUCAACAGCAACAACUACAGCAGCAAGGAGGAGGAGGAAAUCCUCAGUUCUUUCACCAGCAACAGCAACAACAGCAGCACAAAUUGACAAAGGCCAGUAGUUUUCUGAGAUCCCCUCUUAGCCCUGGUGGGUUCAAUGGGAGCAUGCGAAUUUAUCCGAAGCUGGAGGAACCUGCGUUAGUCCACUGUCCACCCUCUGUCGCGACUUUGGACCAGUUCUCACCCGAACGCCAGAACUGGGUGCGGGAGUGUCCUAACCAGCCAUUGCUCACUGGCGCUGGAAUUGGACUUGGUCAGUUGGGGGGAGAUGUUUUGAAGUCUGAGCGCGCUUGGGAUGUGGUGGCCACGUCGCCUGGUGAUGGACGCCCCUGUGACCUUCAGAGUUCUGCCGGCCUUGUCGCCUCAGGUCGAGAUUUCUUGAAGACAGGAUACUACAACCCCAAUGAAGCAACCGGCCUGGCUCUCGUCAAGCUGAUGCAGGUCUCCAACCGAGCUACGUCCAAGUUAUUCGACAUUGAAUGCAAUCUGCGCGUCGGCAAUGUGGAGCGUACAUCCCACCCUGCACGGUCCUUCAAGGACAACCCUGGCAACACCGCCACCAUGAAUGAAGUCUUCCUCUUCGAUGUGGAAGAGGCAUUCCAACUAGAGAUCGAGGUGACAGGAACACCCAUCGCUACAAAAUUCGGAACCAUGGCCGGAUUCUCCAAUACCCAAUCCGUCAAUCUAGGAUACCUCCAUCUCCCCAUAGCCCUCGAAUCCUUGGAGAAAUCCGUCCGCACCUACAAGUUGCGCAGGACGAUCCAUAUGAUGGACGGAAGUCAACAGCCCCUGGCCUCUGCGGCAGCGAUCAAGGCCCAAAGUAAGGAGAAGGUUGAUUGUGAGAUUGUGGUCAUGAUUGGACUUCAUGUGCUGGAGGAGCCGGUUGAUGAUCGGUCUUGGGAGAAUGAGGUCUUGUUUGAGGGACAUUUGACUGUCAUGACCCGUGGUCUUCGCAUGGCCGCGUGGAAGCGGUACUGGGCGGUUCUUCAAGGAAACGCCGUCAAGCUCUACGAUGUCGAGUACCAAACAAAACGAGAUCCAAUCACAACAAUCUCACUAGCACACAUCCUAUCCGUCCAACCACCCGACUACGACAAAGUCGAUGUUGGCAGCAACGGCUUCGUCCUCGUCAUCUCCCCCACAGGAAUCGACAUGUCCAGCGCGACAGAAGAAGAUCUCACCAGCAAUAUGGAUAAUAACAUCUAUGCGUUUACGGAUUCGGCGCAUCUGCACGAGAGUUGGAAUCUGCAGUUGGAGAGGGCGAUGGUGGGGUAUCGUGAGGGGAUAGCGAGGAGGGACGAGAUCUUGGAGGCGAAACGGAACCGGAGACAGAGACGGAGUGGUGCUGGUGGUGGUGGUGGUAGUGGUGGAGUUGAGGCUGUGGAGGAAGAGGAAGUGGCGCGUGUUGACCUCAUUGACUUGCGAUUCGUGUCGUAA